GUCUACUUCUCGCGUUAUCUCACUUGCACGGAUAUUGUCAAGUAUCGACUGUAACCGCUAUUCAAACAGAACGUUUAAUACCAUCUAAAAUUAGAUUGUACUGAUAAUAUUUAAAUAAACAUUGUGUGUUAAUAAAAAAAAUUUUAGUUGGAAUAUUGAAGUGAACAGGUGAGGACAUAUUUUUACGACAACCGUCUGUUUUUCUCAGACGAACUUUUUUAGACAACUUCAGAAAAUAUGAAGGAUAUUAUUAAAGGAAACAUGGACACACACGCUACUGAGGAGUUUAGUGUUACGGACAAUAAUCAUUUGACAAAGGCAGACGACAAAUAUAUGGAUUCCAUAGACUUGUCUAACGCCUGCAGAGAAUUUUACCAGACGAGAAAACGAGCGGCGGAAGUGGUCAAGGAGAAACUCGCUAAUUCUGGCCGUCCAAGAACAUGUAAGAAGACAACUUCCAUUGAUGUAGCAAUGGAAACGCUAAGAACUGAAAUGGCCUCGUUGAUGGACCAAGAUCUCUCAUUGAUGAAACAACUUCUCACCCUGAACGAGACUAUCGAAGAUUUAAAAUGGCAGAAAAAGUAUUACCACAGUCAAUCGUCACUUCCGGACAGCUCGUGCGAUCUUACUAGAUCUGAUUUGUCAAUUUCUGAUACGGACAUGUACGAUUCUGAAAACGAGGCUUUACGGAAAUUCCCGACAUCAUCUCCAGUAUCAGACAUUGAGAGUAGACAAAGUUGUAGGGCUGAAAUGGAUGAUCUUGAACAUGACAGAUUUGAAAAAUCUCAAAUUGAACUUUAUGAACGCCCGUCCAUUGACACUACUUUACUCACGGAAGAGUUUCAACGAUUUUUGGCGGGAAGUUGUUGCCAUGAAGAACAAAACUCGUUUGAUUCCGGAAUACACGAGCCCACAGUUAGAAAACAAAUUCCAGUGUAGCAUAGUUGACUUUUUUUUAUUAGAUUUCAAUCUUCGACAACACACUGGUGAUUUCCACCUGUGAAAUAACUUUAGUAGUCUCAGAUGCCAGUAAAUAGUUACAAAACUUUCAACGAGAACUUGAUGUUCAAAAGUAAUUUGAUUUAGCGAGCAUUUGCAACCGACUUGACACAAUGAUUUUCAUUGUGUUGAAAACUGCUUAGAUUUAACUGAAAUGCGAUGUGAUGAACUAUAUCUUUACAUUGCUAAAGAAAUAAAAAGACCGUUUCGUACUUUUACAAGUUUGGAAGCGGUUUUUUUUCACGGCCUUAGUGCACGUGAUUGUGUGUAUAUGUAUAAUAUGAUUCUCUGUGCAAAAAAAGUUUUCCUAAAGCUCUGAAUAAGCAUGGAUGAAUUGUAAUGGUUUCAACACUUUUCUCGGUUGAAAAAAUAUAUGAUUUAGUAAUUUCGAUUUCGCAUUUCUAAAAUGAAUAAAAAAAACUUCGCCGAGAUAAGUGUUGAAUGUUAACAGGCUUGUAACAUGUGUUGAGUUUACAAGAGAUGUGGUUUGUUUGUGAAGAGAUAAAAUAUUUUCAUCCUGUAGCACGUGCAAAAAUAGGACAAUGGCUUCGUUUAUACCGCAAAUUUCAUUUUUGGACUUUUUUCUUAUUUUAGAAUAACGAUAUUAAAUACUACACAAAAACUUACUUUAAGAGUGACAGGGCAUUGUAUCCAUCAAAACUGACACACUAGUAUAUAUUCUACAACUGUAAAACUAUAAUAUGUCACAAAUAUGUGACCUAGUUUUGUUACUCCUGAAUCAUAAACGUUUUUUUUAAAAGUAAAAUUUAUGAGUGUCAAACCUGACGUCCUGUCUAGUUGCGUCAAAAUCGUGCCCUACCUUUCCGGAUGCGUCGAGAAAUCCGUAAUUUGUAGAUAAAUGCUUGUAGUCUUUUUGUGACAUGGAUUACUCGAGUAUCUGGGUUUUUGCACGUGUUAAUUAUGAAAAAAAAGAAAGUUUAUUUUUAUUUUUAUCAUGCUGUAUAUGAACAUGUUAUCAUAAAGAUUUACUGUUAUGUGUUUCGAAAAUGUCUUCAAAUUGGCGGGUGCCUUAAAUUGUAAAUGUUCAUUGGUAAUAUUUGUCUCCAGUCAUGUGUAAUCUAACUCCCCAUCCCCCGGGGAGAAUAGCGGGGUCUUGGAAGUUUGGGUUUACAGAUGAUUGAUGUUUUAUUUGUGCAUGUUUCAAUAGUGUGAAUAAGGUACAUGUAUUCUAAGUAUAUACUUUAUGUAUGUUUAUGAGGUUUGGAAAUGAAAAACAAAACAAAAAGAUACAAAAAAUCAUUUCAUGGACACGUUUCUGUUUUGUACCACAAACUUAUUGUUCCCGAAUAUUAAUAAAAUAUACUUUUUCAGGAUUUUACGAUAAAGACUUCAGUUUGAAAUAAGAAAAUUCAGGCUUUUUUUGGUAAAUAAUUAAGAGAAAAUUGCAAUAUUAAGAUUGUUAUUUCUUAACUUUAGUAAUCUGAUAUAGACAACAAAAUAUAAA